CUCCAUACACCACCAGCAGCUAACGCCGAGCACUCCGUCUCAGCAUCUCACCAACCAGCCGAAGCGAUGGCCUCCAGCGUGGCGGCGAUGCUGAAGAACAAGAUGCUCGUCGCCUGCGUCAUGCUCCUCGCGGUCCUGCUGAUGGCGACGCAGAUGGCGGCGGCGGCGGCGGGCGACGACGGCGCGGCACGCCGUCGCCUGCUCGAUGCGUGCCAGUACAGAAACUGCAACUGCCGCACAUGCUACAUUUUCCACUGGGCCUGUUGCGGCUUGUGCUGCCCGCCGGCGUAGGGGACGGCGGCACCCACGGGCCGCUGCAGUUUCUCACCUGCAGAGGUUUGAAUAAUGCACAUGUACGUGGUCACGUUACACGUGGCUGCUGUUGUCUGUCCCAAUGCUAGUCGUGGUCGUCGUCGUCGUUGUCAGUGGUUCUGAUGACGCGCGCUCUUUGCAAUUUACUGUCAAGUUCUGCGUGUGCGCGACUGUGCAUGCAAUGCACGCUUAAGUGAAUGGGAAUGCUACUUCAUCUA